GGUAUAUGUAUACAAGGGAGGGCAUCACGCUAUACAUCUGGUAUAUGUAUACAAGGGAGGGCAUCACGCUAGACAUCUGGUAUAUUCAAGGGAGGGCAUCACCCUAUACAUCUGGUAUAUUCAAGGGAGGGCAUCACGCUAUACAUCUGGUAUAUUCAAGGGAGGGCAUCACGCUAUACAUCUGGUAUAUGUAUACAAGGGAGGGCAUCACGCUAUACAUCUGGUAUAUGUAUACAAGGGAGGGCAUCAUGCUAGACAUCUGGUAUAUUCAAGGGAGGGCAUCACGCUCUACAUCUGGUAUAUGUAUACAAGGGAGGGCAUCACGCUCUACAUCUGGUAUAUGUAUACAAGGGAGGGCAUCACGCUAUACAUCUGGUAUAUGUAUACAAGGGAGGGCAUCACGCUAUACAUCUGGUAUAUUCAAGGGAGGGCAUCACGCAAUACAUCUGGUAUAUGUAUACAGGGGAGGGCAUCACGCUAUACAUCUGGUAUAUGUAUACAAGGGAGGGCAUCACGCUAUACAUCUGGUAUAUGUAUACAAGGGAGGGCAUCAUGCUAGACAUCUGGUAUAUGUAUACAAGGGAGGGCAUCACGCUAGACAUCUGGUAUAUUCAAGGGAGGGCAUCACGCUAUACAUCUGGUAUAUGUAUACAAGGGAGGGCAUCACGCUCUACAUCUGGUAUAUGUAUACAAGGGAGGGCAUCACGCUAUACAUCUGGUAUAUGUAUACAAGGGAGGGCAUCACGCUAGACAUCUGGUAUAUGUAUACAAGGGAGGGCAUCACGCUAGACAUCUGGUAUAUGUAUACAAGGGAGGGCAUCACGCUAUACAUCUGGUAUAUGUAUACAAGGGAGGGCAUCACGCUAUACAUCUGGUAUAUGUAUACAAGGGAGGGCAUCACGCUAUACAUCUGGUAUAUUCAAGGGAGGGCAUCACGCUAUACAUCUGGUAUAUGUAUACAAGGGAGGGCAUCACGCUAUACAUCUGGUAUAUGUAUACAAGGGAGGGCAUCACGCUAGACAUCUGGUAUAUUCAAGGGAGGGCAUCACGCUAUACAUCUGGUAUAUUCAAGGGAGGGCAUCACGCUAGACAUCUGGUAUAUUCAAGGGAGGGCAUCACGCUAUACAUCUGGUAUAUUCAAGGGAGGGCAUCAUGCUAUACAUCUGGUAUAUGUAUACAAGGGAGGGCAUCACGCUAUACAUCUGGUAUAUGUAUACAAGGGAGGGCAUCACGCUAUACAUCUGGUAUAUUCAAGGGAGGGCAUCAUGCUAUACAUCUGGUAUAUGUAUACAAGGGAGGGCAUCACGCUAUACAUCUGGUAUAUGUAUACAAGGGAGGGCAUCACGCUAGACAUCUGGUAUAUGUAUACAAGGGAGGGCAUCACGCUAUACAUCUGGUAUAUGUAUACAAGGGAGGGCAUCACGCUAGACAUCUGGUAUAUGUAUACAAGGGAGGGCAUCACGCUAUACAUCUGGUAUAUGUAUACAAGGGAGGGCAUCACGCUAGACAUCUGGUAUAUGUAUACAAGGGAGGGCAUCACGCUAUACAUCUGGUAUAUGUAUACAAGGGAGGGCAUCACGCUAGACAUCUGGUAUAUGUAUACAAGGGAGGGCAUCACGCUAGACAUCUAGUAUAUGUAUACAAGGGAGGGCAUCACGCUAUACAUCUGGUAUAUGUAUACAAGGGAGGGCAUCACGCUAGACAUCUGGUAUAUGUAUACAAGGGAGGGCAUCACGCUAGACAUCUGGUAUAUGUAUACAAGGGAGGGCAUCACGCUAGACAUCUGGUAUAUGUAUACAAGGGAGGGCAUCACGCUAUACAUCUGGUAUAUGUAUACAAGGGAGGGCAUCACGCUAGACAUCUGGUAUAUGUAUACAAGGGAGGGCAUCACGCUAGACAUCUGGUAUAUGUAUACAAGGGAGCAUCACGCUAGACAUCUAGUAUAUGUAUACAAGGGAGGGCAUCACGCUAUACAUCUGGUAUAUGUAUACAAGGGAGGGCAUCACGCUAGACAUCUGGUAUAUGUAUACAAGGGAGGGCAUCACGCUAGACAUCUGGUAUAUGUAUACAAGGGAGGGCAUCACGCUAGACAUCUGGUAUAUGUAUACAAGGGAGGGCAUCACGCUAGACAUCUGGUAUAUGUAUACAAGGGAGGGCAGGUCAGGGUGUUGUGGAGAAGUACAUUCAUUCUCUGUCUGGGUAUGUUCUGGCUGUCCUUGCUGUUGAGACAUUAGUUUUGUUACCUGAUCCUGCAGAUUUAACUGUGACAUUCCUGUCUGCUGUUAUUUAGUUGUGGUUGGUGGAGCUAUUAGAAUGUUACAAUUAUUAUUGUUGCUUUGUAUUUGCAUUGUUUCAGUACCAGAAUCAUGAGCAUGACCCAGCACCGCUGAGGAGUUACAUGGGUUAAUAUAUAUACCGACUCAUUCUGUAGAGUUGAAUUAUUUCAGCAUUUUUACAACUGACAGUGAAACCUUGAGAGUAUUUGCAUGGAGAGUUUCUGGUUAUAAACAACGAAUCUGACAGUACUUGACCCACUGGGAGCUUUACUUACUGCCAAUAAAGAUCAGUGGUGAUGCUGAAGUGAAUGAUGAUUGUGGCUCAUUUCAAUGUAGGGUAUUGUACAGGUAGUUUUCUUGGACUGUUAUUACACACAACCUGUGACAGGAAGCCUUGAAGACGCCACUAGGAGCAUGACAUGCUGCCUGUUUGCUAGGGAUGUCGUAUGUCACGAUAUCGAUGUAUUGGUAUCGAUGUAUUGGUAAAUGUUGAAUAUGGAUGACGUUUCAAUACAAUUUUCUUAAUGUUGAUACUAAAUAAAUAAUUCACUGCCACAGAAAUAUUGACAUUUAUUAAGAUUUCCAUGGUUAAGAUGGACAAUGAGAAGGCAGAAAAUUUAAUUUGAAACAUUUAAUGGAUCGUCCUAGUUCAUAAUUAGCAUUGAACUUGCAGGUCCAUGCAGGUAAUUUCUAUCUAUACCCAUACAGAAUAAAUAAUUUUAUCAUUAAUCAGUAUUGUGAUACUUUUGAGUGAUAGGAUUGGCCCAGUCACCUAAAGAGCCGCAGUUUGCUGUGCAGAGUUGCAUUCUUUGGGCAUGCCCAUAACCUAUGAUCGUGGGUUGGAAUCCAGAAUCACCCUGAUUCGUUUGUCAGCACCAUGCCUGUACUGAACUGUCCAGUCACUGACACCCCUAGUUCAUGCAGCCAUCAAUUGAUGUCUUCUGAUAGUACAUUUUGAGGCCAUUCAAUACUUGAUUCAGUUACAAUGGUCUGUCCGGAGAUAUCUGUGUCAUUGUAACAGGAUGAUCAUCAGCUACACAAGUCUUGCUGUAGAUGCACCAUCCAGUAUUCAAGUGUUCCUGCUGCUACAGUCUUAAUGGCAGACUCAGUGGCUGUGCUACAGUCUUAAUGGCAGACUCAGUGGCUGUGCUACAGUCUUAAUGGCAGACUCAGUGGCCUUGCUAUUAUUGGCUGAAACCAUGUUUUAUAUCCAUACAACAUCUAUGUGUAAUAAUAGAAACACCUUUCCUGAAGAGAACCUAAUCGGUAAUGAUUUAAGUAGGUGUGAACAGGACAGUGAGAAGAAAUUAUAAAUUGUUUAUAUGAAACAUGUAUUGUUUGUGAAAGUUUAUUUACACAUUUUAAUGAAAUGUAUAGUUAAAAACGUUUUUGAUGCCAAAGUUACAAGCGUGAUAUUGCCCUGUAUAUGAAGAGUAUUAUCAUAUCUGUAGAUAUAGUAACAUCAAGACUGUCCUGAAUAUAGGGAUGUGUAUCCAGUUAAGAUGUCAGACAUUCUAAGUCUUGCAAUAUGUGUGUAUUCCUUAUCAUAUGCCAAAUAUGGUAAUGAAUGUAACAUAGUUAAAGAGAAAUGAUGCAGACAGAUGACCAGUUGAAUGAGCAGCCUGACCAUUGUGCUGAUUCUGAGGAGGGAUGGUGCUCCACGAGGUGCUGUCCACUGUCGGCAGACUCGGGGCAUAGCUUGCAGACGUCACACCAUGUUAGUUGUUUGCCCUACACGCUGGACAGUACAUUAACUUUGAAGCUAUUGCUGAAGUUUGGAGGUUAUUCAGUUGAAUCUGAAGACACCUCUCACAUUUGUUUAUCAAGUAAAAGAUGUUAUUGGGUUAAUAUUAUUGUGUUCAUCACACCUCUAGUACAAGAACGCUGACAUUAGGGAUCCAACAUAUUCAAGGUGGUUGGGGAUUUGGGGGAGGGGGAGAAUUUCUACCAGGUGUGUGUGUGUGUUGACCAGCUGUCUGCCGGAUUAGCUGCUGUAACUGUAUCUCUGUGCUGCUCCCUAAAAGUGAUUUUGUAUUUUGACUUGUCGCUACACAGAGCUAUGGACUGUGCCAUGUUUUUUUCUAAAUAGAUCUCUGCUCCAAAUCUGCAUCACACUUUAUGUGCUUCAGCAAAGUGUAUGCGUCACGAUCUUAACGACAAAUACAACAAUUCAUUUCCUAAGACACUUGCCAUCACAAAUGAGGAUAUACUAAAUGGUUCAACAAUAUAUUUACUUAUCAAGUUGAAAACCAGACUGGUAAAGACUUUUUAGUCGCUAGUGGGUCUAAAAAUCUGUAUUUUUUUAUGAUUCCAACCUGAUAAGUAUGGUACAUAGAAAUUUGCAUAAUCGAAAAAACAAGUACACAUCUUUGAAGCCAAGUGUUUUAUGAAGCAAAUCUUGUUGCAGUUUUUGUAGGAUCAUGUACAUUAUGGCAGGGUUAUGAGGGCAGUAUGUUCCAAAUUGUGAGUCUGUUUGGAAAACACUAUGGAACAGCCCUGUAGUGACAAGACAAAUCAAGGAGGCAGCACAGAGAUACAGUAGCCACAGCUAUCUUUUAGUGUUCACCUGCUGUGUUGCAGGGGUGUGCGUGUUGACAGGUGUGUUCCAGGGGUGCGUGUUGACAGCUGUGUUCCAGGGGUGCGUGUUGACCAGCUGUGUUCCAGUUGUGUGCGUGUUGACCUGCUGUGUUCCAGUUGUGUGCGUGUUGACCAGCUGUGUUCCAGGUGUGUGCGUGUUGACCAGCUGUGUUCCAGUUGUGUGCGUGUUGACCAGCUGUGUUCCAGGGUUGCUUGUUGACCAGCUGUGGUCCAGUUGUGUGUGUUGACCAGCUGUGUUCCAGGCAUGUGCGUGUUGACCUGCUGUGUUCCAGGUGUGUGCGUGUUGACCUGCUGUGUUCAGUUGUGUGUGUGUGUUGACCUGCUGUGUUCCAGUUGUAUGCGUGUUGACCAGCUGUGUUCCAGUUCUGUGCGUGUUGACCAGCUGUUUUCCCGGUGUGUGCGUGUUGACCUGCUGUGUUCCAGGUGUGUGUGUAUUGACCAGCUGGGUUCCAGGUUUGUGUGUUGAUAAGGUGUGUUCCUGGUUUGUUCCUGGUGUGUGUGUUGACCUGGUGUGUGUGUUGACUGUCUGUCCGUCAGGUGCAUGUGUUGACCAGGUGUGUGUGUGUGUGUUGACCAGGUGUGUGUGUGUUGACAGGUUUAUUCCAGGUGUGUGUGUGUGUGUUGACUGUCUGGCAGGUGCAUGUGUUGACCAGGUGUCUGCCAGGUGCAUGUGUUGACCAGGUGUGUCUGCCAGGUUUGUGUGUGUUGACAGGUUUGUUCCAGGUGUGUGUUGACUGUCUGUCUGCCAGGUGCAUGUGCUGACUAUGUGUGUCUGUUGACAAGGUGUGUGUGUGUGUGUGUGUGUGUGUGUUUGUUGAUCAGCUGUAUGCUGUUGGAUGGCAGCUGGAUUUUGCUCUCUUUUCUAAACAUUCCAUUUUCACUGCCAGAGGUGAUUGUGUCUCGCAUUAUUUUACAUAAAUGUAUCAAUAAACGUAAUACUCUUAAUAGCUU